AUGAGCCACCACAACGCUCCGAAGCCUUUCGCUCCGCUGGCACCAGGGCCGCCACGCAUGGUCACACCACAAUCAUCGAUGGCUUGCUCUGGACCUCCUGCCCCAUGCAAAGCUUGUCUCGGCGCCAGUAGCGAGUCCGAUUGCCAUUUCGACCCAACCAAAGACCUCAGACGCAGAGUCGCCGUCAAACGAACGAUCCAGGAGUUGACAGAUCACAAGACUUUACUGGAAGGAGUGUUGAAGGCACUGCGAUCGACAGAUUUGGACAAGGCUCAAAAUCUGGUGGAUCUAAUAAGGAGAGGCGGAUCUUUGACUGACAUCGCUCGUGCUGUCGAAAUCCCCAUCGCACGAUUCGCAGAUUCGAAAGCGUUAUCAGCUGCGAGUUUAUCAAUAUCAGAAGAUAUGGAUCAAGAGUUGGAUGCGGCACUCAUAGCACAGCUCCAGCUAAGGAGGGGCUCGGACUCCGAUUCACUACCGGGUUGCUCAGAGCAAGACAAGCAGAAGGUCUCACCACAGGCUGCAUUUGAUCCGUAUGCACGCGUAACCUUGGAAAACCUCUGUGAUGUCCCCUUGCUAGAAGUCCCCGCCAAGCCAUGGACAGAGGUCACUGAUGACAAUGAUCUUGUUUCACAUCUUGUGUCGCUAUACUUCACCUGGGAUCAUCCGUGUGUCCAGUUUUUGGACCAAAAAAUCUUUCUUGAACAUAUGAGGCGCGGAACCCUCGACUCCGAAUUUUGCUCUCCCGUGCUAGUCAAUAGCAUUUUAUCCAUGGCCAGUACCUAUUCCGAUCGUGCCAAGGUGUUCUCUGAUCCCGAGGAUACGUUCUCCCGAGGUCAGAAUUUUCUCUCGGAGGCUGAGAGGGCGCUCCGAGCCGAAGAAGGAGCACCGCGUUUGGCAACUGUCCAGGCUCUUCUCUUGAUGUGUUAUGUGUUGUCAUGUCAUGGUAAGGCCAAUUUGAGCUGGCAGAUGUUGGGAUUGGCGAAUCAGAUGGCACGGGAUUUAGGCCUGUUUGGGCAUCGAAAUUCCAAGCAGCGUGCAAGAGUCCAGUCACAGGAAAUGGAAGAAGUUCGCACCAUCACCACAUGGAGUAUAUUCAGCUUGAGCUUGCAAAUAUCGACCAAGCUCCAAAGGGAAAAUAUGGCACAGCCUUUAUAUGACCUUGAAGUCGGAGGGGAUAAUGACUGUGACUGGACGCCCUAUCCGCGGUCAAACCAAAUAACUUUUGCGACCCAACCAGCACGUCUUCCUCAAAUCCGGAGGGGGCUCUGCAAAUUAACAGAGAUUCUAGCUCAUAUCCAUCGCAUUUUGGACGACGAGGGCCUGCGUGAAGAGUUCUCUACUCUCCUGGGCAGAGCAGAGGACCCGUAUAAUCGUUUACAGCAAUGGUUGGCAACCUGGCCCGAUGCCUCAGAGAUUGAAAAAGAGCCGAUCCCACAACUCCUCAUUCUCCGGCUCCAAUGUCUUCAAGCAGUCACGAACCUACUUGAAGUGCUGAUUGAAUGUGAUUCGCAGGGAUCCGUAACCUCUCAAUUGCGGAAACAGUGGUGCGAUUAUAUGAAGGAGAUAAGUUGUUGUCUUCGCCUCUACCGCACUUCCUAUGGGCUCCGGUAUAUCCCCAGCCAGUUGGUCACUGUGGUUCAAUCAGGCCUUCAUGCCCUUCUUUAUCAGUUAGAAGAUGCCUUUGAAGCGAAGGAUGCGUUCGUUGAGCUUUCUCGUUUCGGAGUUUGCCUGAGCCAGCGGUUUAAACCAAUCGCCGAGUCCAUAAACACAAUUAUUUCACUGUCUCAACGCGGAACUGCGAGCCUUCCCCCUGAGGCCAUCGCGGUCCUCGAUGGUUCCGAAGCUUGA